AUGGUUUCCUUCACGACGGUAAUGGUUGCUGCCCUGGCGGCAGUGGUGUCUGCUGCUCCCGGGUGCCGGCCGCCCAUCAAAUAUACCCUCCCCAAGAUCGGAGGAGGUGAGGAACUUGCCGCGCCGGCCGCCGGCCUCGUAGUCAAGAAGAUUGCCAUCGGCCACGGAAUCCAGAACUAUACCUGCGACAGUGCGUCUGCCACCGAGAGCGCCGCAACCGGCGCCGUCGCCAUGCUUUACGAUGUCACCGAUUUCUAUCCGGGAACAAGGAACAGCGGCAUCAGGCCGGAUCUCUGGGACAACCUGCCGAUCAAUCUGCUCUGGCACCAGCCCCUCCCGCUCAACAAGCUCCCCGGUACCGAGUAUGGUGCCGACCCGAACACGCCCUUCCCCGAGCCCUCGGACUUGACCCUCGAAGGUAUCCCUCCUGCCAAGUUCCUCGGCCACCACGUCUUCGACAUCGACAGCAUCCCCGUGUUCGACCUCUCUGCGGCUGGCCUCAAGGCGACUGUCAAGAAGAUCGACGGGGAAAAACGCUCCCAAGAACGCCGACAAGAGCAUUCUUGA